GGCGUGCUUGCCAAGUCCCUACCUACUUACCACCUAGGACAACUGGGCUAACUACAACCGAAAUACUACAAUUAUGUCCCUCCAUCAGCCUUCCUUCACCUCUCACCUUCGCUCAAAAUUAGCUACAUCCGUGCAGUCGAACUGCUAUUGUCUACAUAGUCGCCGGCCGGCUAACUCCAGAACAAUCCAACCGAACGACCCCUCCAAGUCGGAAAGAAAGCGAGAAGAUGCUGACCAGGCCCAGACCUAGCCAGCCUCAUUCCACACUUUCCAUCGCAACUCAAGAGGGGAAAUGAAACAACGCCCGCAGACCGUAUCUAUAA